ACUUCAACGCAACAAAAACAUGAUCCCAUUAAGGUAAGUGACCAAAUAAAGACGCGAACAUCAUGUAUAGAACAAUAGUUGAGCUAGCAAAAGAGGGUCUGGCACACACAGGAGACAUGGUGUUUGUGAGAGGUAUUAUUGUUUGGAUUUUGUUUUCAUGGGUUAUGAUGAGUGUGAGAGGCCAAGAAGGGUUGUAUGGAUUAUCACCCUGCAACUUCCCUGCAAUUUAUAAUUUCGGGGAUUCAAAUUCAGAUACUGGUGGAAUGGCUGCUGCGUUUUAUCCAAUGGCGUCACCAUCAGGCAAUACUUUCUUCCAUAAGCCUUCUGGCAGGGGCUCCGAUGGACGCCUCAUAAUCGACUUCAUUGCUAAACACCUGGGACUGCCUUAUUUGAGUGGAUAUCUUGAUUCAGUUGGAACCAAUUUCAGACAUGGUGCUAAUUUUGCCACUGGGGGUGCCACCAUUAGGCACCAGAAUGAAUCAUGGUUCUUGAAUGGAGUGAGCCCAUUUCCUCUCGACAUUCAAACUGAACAUUUCAACCAAUUUAAGUCAAGGACGACCGAUCUUUAUAACCAAGCUGAUGUUAAUGAAUGUGAGAAAAGUAGACUCCCGAGACCUGACGAGUUCUCGAAGGCUCUUUAUACAUUUGAUAUUGGGAUGAAUGAUAUUGCUGCUGGUUAUCGUGCGCAGAUGAGUUAUGAAGAAAUUCGUACAACGAUCCCCGACAUUGUUAGCCAACUGGGUUCUGCCAUCCAAUACCUACAUGGUUUAGGGGCAAGGACAUUCUGGAUUCACAACACAGCACCUUAUGGUUGCUUGGCAGUAACUAUGCACCGCGUCAGUACUAACCCACAACCGGGCUAUCUUGACCAAAUUGGUUGUGUCAAAGAGCAAAACGAGAUAUCGAUGGAGUUCAAUAGACAGCUCAAGGAAAAAGUAGUAGAACUAAGAGGGAAGCUUCCGAAUGCCUCGUUAGCAUACGUUGAUGUGUAUGCCGCAAAGUAUGGAUUGAUUGGAAAUGCAAAACAAGAAGGAUUUGCUGAUCCGAAAACGAUAUGUUGUGGAUACCAUGAAAAUGGUAUAGAUAUUUGGUGUGGGAAUAAGGCUAACGUCAAUGGUUCUGAAAUCUACGCGGGUUCUUGCAAAGAUCCUUCGUCGGUUAUUAGUUGGGAUGGUGUUCAUUACUCUGAAGCUGCAAAUCAUUGGAUUGCUAAUCAUAUAAUCAAUGGUUCAUUGUCUGAUCCACCAAUUCCCCUUACAAAUGCAUGCCAAUGCCAUAUAUAGGCAUUAGAUAUAUAUAUAUAUAUAUAGGAAUUCUCCUAUAAGUACACAAAAUAAAGAUCUAAAAUAAGUACACAUGUUUUCACCAUUGAUUUAAAAUAUGUGAGACCCAAAAUAGUGUGUCCCACUAGUCAUUUCACUUAAAUCAAUGGUCAAAAAACUGUACUUAUUUUAGGUCCUUACUUUGUGUAUUUAUAGGAUAAUUCCUAUAUAUAUAUAUAUUACUUAUUUAAUAAACGUAUGUAAUAAAAAAUUGUAUGCUAUAUAUAUUUACACCAUGUUAGCAUUGUUGAUUCAUAUUAUUCUGUUCGUUGGAAAAAAAAAAUAUGUGUUAAUGAUAAUAUUCGUAACAAAAAACAAUUAAUAAGA